AAUGUCUUUUGAUGAAAUGAAUGAAUUAAAGAGACAAUUAGCAGAUUUAUUAAAGAAAGGUUUUAUUCGUCCUAGUAUCUCACCUUUUAGAUCACCUGUGCUUUUUGUUCACAAAAAGGAAGGAACUCUUCAUUUGUGCAUUGACUAUAGAGCUUUGAACAAGAUUACAAUUAAAAAUCGAUAUCCAUUGCCGAGAGUUGAUGAAUUGAUGGAUAGACUUGUGG